AGUCAGCAUUUGACGCCACAUGUCUACAGCAGGGUAGCAGCAAAGGCUGCCUCCAGCAGGAUGUCGUCGGCUCCACCUGGGAGCGCCGAGGACCUUCGGAAGCGGAGCCUCGGGGAGCUUCGGGAGAUGCUGGGGCGCCAGGAGAAGCUGCUGCGGAACGAAAAAUUCGUUCGCAGUUUGCCAGAUGGAGGAAAAAAGAUCUCUGACUUUGUUGAGAGAGUGAAAUCAAUCAUUGCAGAACAUGAAGACCUCAAGAGAACUAACAGAUUGGACUUUGAUUUAAAGCAAACUGUAGCACAUGAAGUAUUUAAUUUAGGUGUGGGUAAGCCAUGGACUCCUGAACAGAGAAGGGAAACUUCAUCAGUUGUUGACUCUUCCCUUGUAUUUAUAAGUGAGCCAUCUCAGACUGCCUCAAGAAACCAGGAAAUUGAAUCUACCAUGGAAACAUCUGUUCCCAUAAGCCAUGAUGAAGCUGGAAAGUCAGAAGGUGACAUAAAGUGCAACAAAAAGUGGAUGAGUUAUAACAAUACUGUUGCAACAAUGCCAUCAGAAUCAAAUGAACAGUCCCACCAGUUUGGCUUUCUAAAUCAUGCAGGAGAUGUUUCAGGGAAUACUGAUGACAUGUUUAUUGAUAGUUUACAAAGGAUCACAAUUAAUGAUGAUGACAACCAGUCAGAAGAUUCAAACAUGGAUCACUUAGGUAGUUUUCCCAGUAACAUACCCAAAAGACCUCAUUACAUGGAAGUGCUGGAAAUGAGAGCAAAGAAUCCAGUCCCUCCCCACAAUAAAUUUAGAACUAACAUGCUACCUUCAGAACCCCAGCCCUCACCUAGUCACUCGCCACAGAGAAGAGAGUCUCCAAUUUCAGUGGAAGAAAGGAGGCGUAGGGAUAAGAAGCACCUGGAUGACAUCACAGCAGCUCGGCUGCCGCCGCUUCACCACAUGCCUACACAGUUAUUAUCUAUGGAAGAAUCCUUAGCAAUUCAAAAGCAACAAAAACAGAAUUAUGAGGAAAUCCAAGCCAAGCUUGCUGCACAAAAACUGGCUGAAAGACUAAAUAUUAAAAUGCAGACCUAUAAUCCUGAAGGUGAUGUAUCAAUGAAAUACAGAGAAGUGAGAGAUGAAGAUGAUUAUCAUUCUUCUGAGGAUUAAUUCUGAAGCAGGAUGAUUGAGGAUCCACCUAAAUUCCUACCUUCUGAAGUUUAAUUACAUUAUAUUAGACUACUAGGCUCUGGAAGAUGUUUUAUUUUUGAGUUAUUUUAGACCAGCUGUCAAAAGUAGAAAUUUACAGUGUGCAGAAGAGUGCUUAGUCUGACUGAGAAGAUUUUAUGGUGUACUUGCCAUUCAGAAAAUUGAAAAGAGAUUUUUAUUAAGGAUCUGAUAAAUCUGUUUUCUAUGUUUACAUUAAAUAAACUUUUGCAGUAUUUUGUAUUUAGUUUGAUAUUACUCUAACAUAAUUUUAGAGACAUUUUUAGCUUUUUGUUGCUUCAUUUUUUCUAACAUAGAGCUGGAAGAGACCCAAGAAAUCAUCAAGUUUAGCCCCCACAUUUUAAAGAUAGAACAAAAAUAAAGCACAGAGGGAUUGAAUGACUUGCCCAGGGUAACAAGCUGUUAUGUGUUAGUGGCAGAAUUUGAACUCAAGUCUUCUUGACAUCAAGUUCAAAACUCUAAACACUAUUCCAAUUAACAGUAAUUAAGUAUUAUAGAAGAAUUAUAAUGGUCAAACUCUGUCCUCACCUCAAUGAAAUAGCAUUUAUUGAGUUAUCUUUACUAUUUUGCUGGACAUUAUCCUAAGAAAAUUACAUGGAUAUAGUUUCUUGCCUUUGGGGAUUGAGACAGCUUCAGUCAGAGAGUAAGAAAAAUUGGAUUCAUUAUUUGAUUAGUCUGGAAAGACAUCAUGGAGAGAGGUAGACCUUCAAUAGAUGCUAGAUAGAGCAGAGAGUUCCAGGGAGCCCAUAAAAGAGAGGGGCAUUUAGCAAGAUUUAUCUAGGGUGGUUCUGAAGAUGAGGGAGGAAAAAAAGUAAGCAAAGACAACUAAUUGUGAAGAUAUUAACUGUAUUUGAACUAAAUUUUUACCUCCUUAAGAAAUGAUCCUUGUUACUUUAUAUGAAAUAAAAGUUUCAAUAUUGGGGAAAAUUAAUAAUUAAUAAAAAGAAUUGUGCACCAUUGAA